UCGUCUCGAGCCCCACAUCGUCUGCUAUGGUCUGGAGCGUCGAGGUUGGCCCGCUCUCCGUCGGCUCGUCGGGUCUCGCCGUCAAGCCAAAAAUGGAUUUUGGCGUUCGUGUCGGAAAUUUCAAGGCGAACGCCGGGAUUGGAGACGUCCGCGAGGCGCUGUCCAUUGAGUUUGGCGCCGAGGUGGAACAGUGCUUCUCUGCUACGGGCGAGUCGCUCGACGAGUUUCUGCGAAACUUGCGUGCCACCGACGGCCUCGCCGACAGUCUGCUCAACCCCGUCGUCGAGCGGUCCAACGCGAUCGUCGCAGAGGUGGUGCGGUUGGUCGGCGUCUCUGUCCGCACCGGUCACAUCGAAGGUGUGCUCGGUGUCAAAUCUGGCGUCGGGAUGAGGGCGGCGGUGGCCGGAGGAUGGGAGGACCCAGAGGGGUAUCGGAUGGUGGGAGCCGGCGGCGAGGUUGCUGCGGGGCUCUCACUGGGCCUCUCGAUCUUUGCCGGGCGCCGCGGCACGGACGAGGUCAAGGUGCUUCUCGACGCGAGCAACUUUGGCGUCGAGUUCGAAGUCCGAGUCAGAGACGAGACGCAGGCGGGGGAGGGAGAGGCCGCCGGGGGCGGCCACAGCAGCGCGGCGGAGGGGACGGGGGUGGCGGCGGGGAUCCCCCCCGAGUAAUAAAGCAGGGAUGUCGGAUGAGUCGUCAUGCGAGAGGGGGAAAAAGUAUAUG